AUGAAUUCUUCUGUAAGCCCUAAAACCCAUUGGCAUGGGAUUCUCUCCUCAUUUGUGGAGAUCAAUGCCCUGCACCGACAUGAGGGGCAGAGCAGAGUUGGUAUAAAGAUGGCAAUUGUAGAUGACUGUCAAGAAGGCUGUGCCCCAGAAGUGGACUGUAGUCUCCAUUUUGCCAACACUAUGGAGACAGGACUUAGAGAGGAUGUAUGCUGUUUCAGUGGUGAAGCACUAUUCAAAAAGGCUGGAGUGCCCAUUUGUAUCGUGUUAAAGAAUUCAAAAGAAAAAGUUCUCUUCUUCAAGAAAAAGGAAGAAAUGGCCAUAUUUGAGGAGAUGUCAGAUGGUGAGAUCGAAGGCAAUGCACCCUGGACUCAAUUUAUGCUGCAAUAUUAUGGUUGUGAUAGCCCAACACCCUUAGUAGCCAUCUCUGUGAGGGGUAGAAAUGAGAGUUAUCAUCUAACCUGCAAAAGUGACAAAGAAGUUCAAUUUAAGGAGGGUGAUUUUCCAGACAACAUUGAAGACAAGGACAAAGAUAUCUUGUUCCAGCUAAGCAAAGUUAUAGGCUAUAAUAAGAUAAAAUUCAAGUCAUUCUUGUACCCAGAACAUUACCUGGCAUGUGAAGAAGACUCUAACAAGCUGGUUUUAAAGGAAGAAUUUGACAGUGAGGAAGCAUCUACAAUGUUCACUUAUGUGACAUGCAAGAAAAAAUAA